GCCUCUUGCCUUGUGUGAGUCUUAGGGCUUGCCUGUGUUUUUACUGAGCGGUUUUGGUCAGGUGUUCCUGGGGGACUACAGAACGUUAAAAGUUUUUCUUUUGCUUUUUCAUUGGGUUUUCUUGGAGAUAUUCGCUCAACAUGCUCAGGCGGAUCUUGCAGCGGACUCCAGGAAAAGGUGGUUCCCAGAGCUCUGACAUUGACCAAACUGCUUCUGAUGUAAAUAAUGAGGAGUCAUCAGAGGGCUUCAUCUGUCCUUACUGUAUCUGUUCUUACCAAACUCCCAGUGAACUUUUUGACCAUUACGAGCAUGAGCAUGGAGAAGGAGGCACUAAGAAACAGGAGCAGCAAAAUUCUCUACAUGAUAUUGCCGGCUUCAUUUGUCCUCAGUGCAUGAAAUCUCAUGUUUCUGCAGAAGAAUUGUUCAGACACUAUGAAGCAUUUCACGGUACUGAUAAUCAGUCUGGUGUAGGAUCAGCCAACUUAUCCCUAGGAAGGGAUGAUUUAGGCCUCCGACAAGAAGUGCAAGACCUACAAGCCUCACUCAAGGAGGAGCGAUGGUUUUCUGGAGAGUUGAAAAAAGAACUGGAAAAAGUUCAAGGACAGCUGAAGCAAGCUCCACAAACUGAUGGAGUGACUUCUUCAACAGAGCUGCAGGCCUUAGAAUUUAGGUUGCAAGAAGCAGAAGCUGAGACAUUCAACAUUAAGCAGAUGAAAGAUUUAUUUGAGCAAAAAGCUGCACAGCUGGCAACUGAGAUUGUAGAUAUUAAAUCCAAAUAUGAUGAAGAGAAAAGUUUACGAGAGGCAUCUGAUCAACGGAUUAAAACUCUGUCUCAUGAGCUACAGCAGGAAAGAGCAGAGAAGGAGAAUCUCAAGACUGAGUUGCUUCAGAGACCUGGUGUUGAAGAUGUGGAUGUUUUAAAGAAAGAGCUAGUCCAGGUUCAGACAUUAAUGGAUAAAAUGACACGAGAAAGGGAAGAAGAAUCGGAGAGACUAAAAAAUGAGUUACAGAAUGAGUUAUCAAAGGGCCCUAAGGAAAUUGCUCUCUACACCAAAGAGCUGAACAAACUGCAAACAUCCCUAAAUGACUUAGAACAUGAAAAACAGAGUGCAUUAGAAAAAUUAGCAAAAAAGGAGCAACAGUACAAGGAUCUUGAAGAACAUCUAAAUGAAGAGUUAACAAGUAAAAAAAGCCUUCAGUCCAUUAUUCACCAAAAUGAGUUGAACAUCCGACAGUUGGAGGCUCACCUUGCAUCAGCAGAAGCCUCUACACAAAGACUACAAUCUGAGUUAAGUGAGAGGGGAGAAGUCAAACAGAGGUUAAAGGGGGAGCUUUCAGAGGUGGAGCUGAAGUACCAGCAGUUAAAAGCAGAGUUCAAGCAGCUUCAACAGCAGAAAGAAGAAAGGGAGCUCCAGUCACUGCAGCAGCAGAGUGAAAUCAAUCAGCUGCACGCUAAACUACUUGAGACUGAGCGCCAACUUGGGGAGGUUCAGGGUCGCCUUAAGGAACAGCGACAGCUGUCGGGAGAAAAACUGAAAGACAAAGAGCAAUUGGUGGCCGAUUUACAAUUGAAGCUUUCUCGUACUGAGGAGCAGCUAAAGGAAAAUACAGUAAAUUCUUCAGAGUUACAGCAUCAGUUAGAUAAAGCAAGGCAGCAGCAUCAGGAAUUACAGACUUUACAGCAAACUACAACGUCAAAAUUACGGGAAGCACAGAAUGAUCUGGAACAAGUGUUACGGCAAAUAGGUGAUAAGGAUCAGAAGAUUCAGAAUCUAGAAGCACUUCUUCAGAAAAGCAAGGACAAUAUUACUCAACUGGAAGCAGAAAGAGAUGAUCUUUGUGUUAAAAUUCAAGCAGGGGAGGGUGAGACAGCUGUACUGAAUCAGUUACAAGAAAAGAACCACACUCUCCAGGAGCAGGUCACCCAACUAACAGAUAAAUUAAAAAACCAGUCGGAGAGCCACAAACAAGCUCAGGAAAAUCUACACGAGCAGGUUCAAGAACAGAAGGCACUUCUCCGCACAUCUCAGGAUCGUUGUCUUACUUUGGAAUCUUCUGUCAGUGAGCUUAAUGGACAGCUUACAGAAUACAAAGAGAAAGUAACCCAACUUGAUUCACAGUUGAAGGCUAAGACUGAACUCCUCCUGUCAUCUGAAGCAUCUAAAGCUGCACAAAGAGCUGACUUACAGAAUCAUUUAGAAACUGCCCAACAUGCUUUACAGGAUAAACAGCAGGAGCUUGUUAAAACCAAAACUCAGUUAGAUGAGAUCAGUGCUAGACUUCAAGAUAAGCUGGAGUACAUCAGUCAACUGGAGAUCAGCCUCAAAGACCAUAAAGAAAAGUUGCUUAAUUCAGAGCAAAGAACUGAACAGCUAGAAGGAAAAAUUAAGAAAUUUGAAGCUGAUGUACAGAAAACACGGACAAACCUGGAACAGUGUCAACAGGAUCUGUCUAAGCAAAAACAGCUGUGUUUAGAAAGUGAGAAACAAGUGAAAGAACUUGGCAAAUUUCUUGAAGAAGAGAAGAUCAUGUCAACUAAUGCAAAAGCAGAUCAUCAAAAAGCUUCUGUGAAUCUUACAGAGGCUAAACAGAAACUUGCUUGCUUGGAGGAAGAGAAGCAAAGCCUGGAAAAGGAAAAAGAUAAUUUAAAGAAAGUACAUGAGGAUGUAGAAAACCAAUGUCAAACAUUAACAGCAAGUGUAGGACAAGCUCAAGAACGCAAUGUACUAUUGUCAAAAGAACUAGCAACAGUGAAGGAAAACCUCACAAAUACUACCCAGGCCCUGACAGAGUUGAAAUCACAACUUGAAAAAGAAAGACAACUUGGAAAAGCAGCUUUAAAGGAAAAGGAAAAAUCUCAUGAACAGUUUGCAAAAGACCUCCAAAAGAAGGCUGAAGCUACAGCUACAGAAGUCAUUGAACUUAAAAGUUCACUGGAACGGAAAGCAGAGAUGGAAAGAGAAUUAAAAUCACAAAUAGCAGGAAUUACUGCAGAACUGUCAAAGACUCAAGAUCAGAUGAAAGCAAAGGAGAAACAGGAGCAGCAACUGUAUGCAAAACUAAAAGAAUCUCAAGAGUCUGCUGUUCAAGAAAAGAAAAAAUUGGAAACACAGCUGUCUGUUAUGCAAAGCAAUGUGUCAGAAAAGACUGCAAUUGAAAAUAAAUUAAACAGUCAGUUGUUGACUGUAACUGAAGAUCUAAAAGCAGAAAAAGAGAAAUCAAGUGAAAUAGAGAGGCAUUUUGAAAGUGUCAAAGAAAGUCUAACAAAACUGCAAUCUGACUUGUAUGGAAAGGAAUCUGAGCUUUCCGCAACCAGGCAAGAUCUUAAGACUACUGAAGAAAAGCUGGUUUUGGCUCAGGAAGAACUGGUUACAAAUAGAACUCAACUUAGCAAUCUCAAUCAGCAAAUUGUUAUUUUAAAAGAAGAAAAAAACACCUUGGAGAAGGAUUUGAUAAUGAAGGAUGAGCAGAUCAAACAAAAUGAAAAGUCAUUGCAGGAUGAGCAGAAAGAAAAGGCUUUAAAGGAACAAGAGUUGAAGAAAGAAAUUGGUAAGGUUUUAGAACUAACUGAACUCAAAUCAAGACUUGAGAAAGACUUCAGCAAAAUUAGUGAGGAACUAAGGAAAAAGAAAGAACAUUCUGAAAAGGAGUUGAAUGACUUAACCAAAGCCAAACAGUUAUUAAUUGACCAGAAGUUUGAGAUACAGGGACAAGUAGACAACUUGAAGUCCACUCUUGAGCAAGAGAAAAAGAUUCGCCAAGCUGCAGAGGAAGCAUUUGUUAAAAAAGAAAAUGAUAUGAAAAAAGAGUUGGCCAUAAAAGAGAACAAACUGAGUACAGAAUUGAAGGCUAAAGAAGAGCAAAAGAAGCACCACGAGGAUGCAGAAGUGAAGCUAAAUAUGCAGAUAGCAGCACUGAAUGAGAACAUCGCUGUUUUAAAAAAGGACUGGCAGAGUAGCCAGAGAAGAGUUGGUGAGCUGGAAAAGCAGACAGACGAAUUGCGAGGAGAAAUUGCAGUUCUGGAAGCAACAGUGCAAAAUAACCAGGACGAGAGGAGGGUUUUGUUGGAAAGGUGUCUUAAAAGUGAAGGAGAAAUGGAAAAAGUUCAAAAUAAGAAUGCUGAAAUGAGAAGAAAACUGGAUGAUACAACUGCAGCAAUGCAGGAACUGGGGAGAGAGAACCAAACACUACAGAUAAAACAUACACAAGCGCUCACAAGGAAAUGGACAGAAGAUCACGAAGUACAAAAUUGCAUGUGUUGUGGAAAAGGUUUUUCAGUCACGAUAAGAAAGCACCACUGUAGACACUGCGGAAAUAUCUUCUGUGCUGAAUGUUCAGCCAAGAAUGCCUUAAUACCUUCAUCCAAGAAGCCUGUACGAGUCUGCAAUACCUGCUUUGAAGAGCUGCGAGGAUGAGAUUUAUGUCUAGACAGCAAAAAUAUUUUAUACAUGCACUUGUACAUAUUUUCAGUAAAAAAAAAAUACUUUAUUUCAACAAUUAUUGUUUUAAAAAAAUUGACAAAGGGAAACGGGGACUCGUUUGAUUGUUUUUCAUUCUUCUUGAUCGCCUGGCCUUUAUGAUUUUAGAGUGGUAGAAAGAAAAGGCCAUUUGAUUAAAUUGCUAAAUCAGAAGGCAGACAGUUCUAAUGGGCUCAUUCCACCUCCCUGGGACAGUGCACAGUGAGGCCAAGCAGCCUUUUAAUCCAAAAGGGAGGAAUACAUUCAAAUAAUGGGACUCGUUGGUCAAGAUGAUUUCUUUACAGAAUGGUUCAUUUCAGGCGGUGCACCUCCCAGGGUGAAGCCCAGCUUAUGGAAUUCAUUUUUUUUUU